CCUUUCGGGGCGGAAGUCGCAGUGCAUUGUGGGCUCCCUCAGAGCAGUGGAGUUUAUCCUGAAUGAAAGUGGCGCGCCGAGCCUGACGGUGUGACGGUGUCCGGAUCCAGUGGGUGGCCCUGGGAUCCCGCCUGUUCGGGUGCGGUGGACCGCGAUCCGGAGCGGACGGCGAGGCGCGGCGGAGGCUGUGGGCCGUGCAGACAUGGCUUACAACAAGAUCCCGCCGCGCUGGCUGAAUUGCCCGCGGCGCGGCCAGCCGGUGGCAGGAAGAUUCUUACCUCUGAAGACAAUGCUGGGACCAAGAUAUGAUAGUCAGGUUGCUGAAGAAAAUCGAUUCUAUCCCAGUAUGCUCUCCAAUUACCUAAAAAGUCUAAAGGUUAAAAUGGGCCUGUUGGGGGAUUGAAAAAUACUUCAAAAUCUGACAAAUACUUCAAGGUUCUAUGACAGAAAUGACAUAGAAAAAGAAGGAAUCAAAUAUAUCAAACUUCAGUGUAAAGGGCAUGGUGAGUGCCCCACGACUGAGAACACGGAGACUUUCAUUCGCCUGUGUGAGCGCUUCAAUGAAAGAAGCCCGCCUGAACUCAUAGGUGUUCAUUGCACCCAUGGUUUCAAUCGUACUGGUUUCCUCAUAUGUGCCUUUUUGGUGGAGAAAAUGGAUUGGAGUAUUGAAGCAGCAGUUGCUACUUUUGCCCAAGCCAGACCACCAGGAAUCUAUAAGGGUGAUUAUUUGAAGGAACUUUUUCGUCGGUAUGGUGAUAUAGAGGAAGCACCACCACCACCUCUGUUGCCUGAGUGGUGUUAUGAGGAUGAUGAUGAAGAAGAUGAGGAUGAAGAUGGAAAGAAGGAAUCAGAACCAGGGUCAAGUACUUCCUUUGGCAAAAGGAGAAAAGAACGAUUAAAACUGGGUGCUAUUUUCUUGGAAGGUAUAACUGUUAAAGGUGUAACUCAAGUAACAACUCAACCAAAGUUAGGAGAGGUACAGCAAAAGUGUCAUCAGUUCUGUGGCUGGGAAGGGUCUGGGUUUCCUGGAGCACAGCCAGUUUCCAUGGACAAGCAAAAUAUUAAACUUUUAGAGCAGAAGCCAUAUAAAGUAAGCUGGAAAGCAGAUGGUACUCGUUACAUGAUGCUGAUAGAUGGCACAAAUGAAGUUUUUAUGAUUGAUAGAGAUAAUUCAGUGUUUCAUGUUUCAAAUCUGGAAUUUCCAUUUCGUAAAGAUUUCCGUAUGCAUUUAUCAAAUACUCUUCUGGAUGGGGAAAUGAUCAUUGACAAAGUAAAUGGACAGGCUGUUCCAAGAUAUUUGAUAUAUGACAUAAUUAAAUUCAAUGCACAACCAGUUGGAGAUUGUGAUUUUAACACUCGUCUACAGUGUAUUGAACGAGAAAUUAUAAGUCCUCGACAUGAAAAAAUGAAGAAUGGACUCAUUAACAAAACACAGGAACCAUUUAGCGUCAGAAGUAAACCAUUUUUUGACAUCAGUAUUUCAAGAAAGCUCCUGGAAGGAAAUUUUGCCAAAGAAGUCAGCCAUGAAAUGGAUGGACUUAUUUUUCAGCCUAUCGGAAAAUACAAACCUGGCCGAUGUGAUGAUAUUUUGAAAUGGAAACCUCCCAGUCUGAACUCUGUGGAUUUUCGCCUUAAGAUAACAAGAAUGGGAGGAGAAGGGUUGCUUCCUCAGAAUGUUGGCCUUCUCUAUGUUGGAGGUUAUGAAAGACCCUUUGCACAAAUCAAGGUGACAAAGGAGCUAAAACAGUAUGACAACAAAAUUAUAGAAUGCAAAUUUGAGAAUAACAGCUGGGUCUUCAUGAGACAGAGAAUAGACAAAAGUUUCCCGAAUGCCUAUAACACGGCUAUGGCUGUGUGUAACAGUAUCUCAAACCCUGUCACCAAGGAGAUGCUGUUUGAGUUCAUCGACAGAUGUGCCACAGCUGCCCAAGGACAGAAACGAAAGCGUUCUCUGGACCCUGACACAGAGCUCAUGCCACCUCCACCACCCAAGAGGCCAUACCUGUCAACCUAGGCCUGCCCUGACCUCAGGUUCAAGAGGAAAGCUGAGUGAGGAGAAUG